UGUCUAAUUUUGUGAAAUCUAGACGCGGCCAAACAAACAUGGCCGAGUUAUUGUUUGUGUUGCUUGUGGUGUGUUUGCAAAGUUCUUUAGCCGAGCCAGAAAAAUGCGAAAUAAGAGGUGUGGAGGGGGAGUGCGUGCCACUGCCCGCGUGCGAGCAAUACGUGGCCCUGCUGAAGAACACCUCCUCCACGGCGGAGGGCCUGCAGCUCACCGCGGAGAGGCGGUGCGGCUUGGACGUGAGGAAUGCUAAGGUCUGCUGCCUUGUGGUCCAACCAACAUUGGUAGAUUUCAAAGUAAACGAGGAGGACCAGGACUUAUACGUCGACUCCUUCCCCGGCCACGACACCUGUGGGAGGACUGAUGGAUACCGUAUUUUUAAAAUAGUCGAACAACUAACAGAAGAAGAAUCGGUUUAUGAUGAUGUACCUCUAAUAUCAAACGGUGCACCAGUAAUCACACGUGAUGAAGACCGUAUUUUGAGUGAAAUUAGUGAACUGACAGAAGAAGAAAUCAAAUAUGAUCUGAAGUAUGUAAUAUCAAACGGUACCCCAGUAAUAUUGCGAGAUAUGGCUCGAUACAUGGCGCUGCUGGGCUACAAAGUGAACGCCAACGUGCUGUGGCAGUGCGGAGGAUCGGUGAUCACGGAGAAGCACGUCCUCACGGCUGCACACUGCAUCUCCGCUUCUCUGCAUGUGGUACGGGUUGGUGAGCUCGAUUUGGCUUUCGAGGAGAAAGACGCGCAGCCCAUAGAUUUCUACAUCAAGAAGAAAAUACCCCAUGAACUGUAUUCUAAAUUCCAAAAUGACAUAGCCAUAGUUGUGUUGGAUGGAAGCAUUAACUUUAAGGAAGAACAUCAUGUUGGUCCCAUAUGCUUGCCGUUUGACACUAAAAAGAAGGUGUUGCCAGAAUAUAAUUUUUAUAAUUAUAAGGGUACAUUUGUGGCUGGUUGGGGCGAAGCACCAGAAAAACGUGAAAGGCCUACAUACCUGGCAUAUGCACAUGUAAAUAUCGUUUCUACUGACAAAUGCAAGAGCCUGUACGAGAGCUCAACAAGAAUGAUAGACGACCGUGUCUUCUGCGCUGGUGACACUGCAUUGGGACACGACUCGUGUAACGGGGACAGCGGAGGGCCGCUGGUUGCUGAAUAUAAGGUGGAAGAAUUCAACCGCACGUUCUACUACCAGCUCGGGGUCAUCUCCUAUGGGUACAGAUGCGGCGAGGGACCCUUCGUUGGUGUGCUCACCAAUGUCACCCACUUCAUGCCCUGGAUACGCAAGAAAGUGCUAGGGGAGAACCUGUAGUACCUGCCUACCUGCCGAUUCGACAUUCGAGUAUCGCCAGUUUGCACCCCGGAUUAACGGAUAUUACUAAUACCUUUUAUGAAAAAAAAACUUAAU